AUGUGGCAACGUAGCAGCAAGGCGUUAAGCCAACGUCUGAUGCUGAAUGAGGAAGUAUCAGAGGCAUUGUAUGGCCGCAUAAAGAAGCCCGUGGUAGCACUUGAGUCUACUAUCAUUUCGCAUGGAAUGCCAUUUCCACAAAAUUUGGAGAUGGCAACGCACGUGGAAGCAAUUGUACGUUCUCACGGCGCAUGUCCUGCCACUGUGUGUAUCGCCGAUGGAUCAAUAAAGGUGGGACUGGUGGAGAAAGAUCUGACCCAGUUGGCAAAGCUAGGCACCAGUGUCAAGAAGUGCUCAACAAGAGACAUUGUGGCGACAGUAAUGGACAAAACACUCGUAGGUGCGACUACUGUCUCAAGUACAAUGCGUAUUUCACAUGCAGCUGGGAUCAAAGUAUUUGUAACAGGAGGCAUUGGAGGCGUGCAUCGUUUCUGUCAAGAGACAAUGGAUAUAUCGACGGACUUGAUGGAGAUAUCGCGAACACCCGUGGCGGUAGUGUGCGCCGGUAUCAAGUCCAUUCUAGACAUCCCACGCACGUUAGAGUUUCUAGAGACUCAUAGCGUGCCUGUGAUUGGAUACAAGACAAACCAGUUUCCUGCUUUCUUUACGCAAGAUAGCGGCGAGAAAGCGCAUUUGUGCCGGGAUACACCUCAGGAGAUUGCACGUCUGAUUCAUGAAAGUGAAGCGCUAGGGCUGCCAAAUGGACAUAUUAUUGCCGUUCCCAAUCCAAAACCUAUGCCUUCUGAGCUUAUCAAUGAAGCUAUUGAGCUUGGCCUCAAGGAAGUAGCUGAACAGGAUAUUCACGGCCAGGCCGUCACGCCUUACUUGCUGAAGCGCGUGAACGAAAUCACACAGGGCGCGUCUCUUUUGUCGAAUAUCGAUUUAGUUAAUAACAACGCAACUGUCGGCAGCCAGAUUGCUUGUGCGUUAUUUGAUUUAGAGAGUGGCUUCUUGGGAAAGUACGCCGCAACUGAAGGAGGCGUUGUUUACUCCAUGCCGGACGAAAAGACUUUUUCGUCGGUGAGGUCAAGCAAUGGUAAACGCGUUCUCGUUGUCGGUGGUCUUGUUCUCGACAUCAUUAGUUUUUCUACGUCGCCUCUUAUUCGUUGUACCUCCAACAUUGGUAAAAUCAAGCAGUUUAGUGGAGGUGUCGGAAGGAAUAUUGCUGAAUGUCUUUGCCGUCUUCGGCUGGACCCUUUGCUCGUGUCGUCGGUGGGCAAUGAUACUUCGGGCUCCAUUCUUUUGGAAAAUUUAAAAAAUCUUGGUAUGGAUACUAGUGGUAUUACAGUGUCAGAUAAGCAUUCUACGGCUAUCUACUCUGCUGUUUUGAAUUCCAGUGGAGACAUGGAUGCUGCAAUUGCUGAUAUGAGUGCACUUGAGUCGAUUGCAAGCCAGGACAUUUCUGAUGAGGUGAUCGGCAACGCAUUGCUUGUAAUUGCGGACGGCAAUUUAACCCCAGCUUGUAUAAGAGAUCUCUUCAAGAGAAGUGCUCGCCUUGGCGUCGGCACUUGGUUUGAACCAACAUCUGUGCAAAAAGCGCUCCGUGUUCUUGAUGGAGACGUUAUAUCAUUCGUGCAGUAUAUGUCACCGAACGCUGACGAGCUUCACGCGAUUAGCACGGCUCUUUGCCAGAAGCGCGAAGAAACAGAUAUUUGCAUUGACACGGGAUCACAAGAACGUUGUGCCAUCAUUAACGAAUCGGACGAAAUUACCUUAGAGGAAAUGGCUUGGCUGAAGGAAGACCUUUUCACAGCCUUGCUUGCCAUGGCAAACGGUGAUAUCAAAAGGCCUAGGCACAUUUUGGUCACGCUAGGCAGGCAUGGGGUCCUGGUCGCUUCUGUUAAUAUGUGUAUGCAUGACCUGCGGGAGGUUUUGGAUAGUUAUGACUUUCCCUCUGAAAUUUGGGGCAUGCACCAUCUGCACGGUCACUCGAUCAUAAUGGUGCAUCUACCCGGCGUGGAAGUCUGUGUCGAGAAUUGCACCGGAGCCGGUGACAGCCUGGUUGGAGGGACGGUGUACGGCUUGCUGGAAGGACACGAUAUUUUCCAGAGUUGCCAUAUGGGCAUGAUCGCUGCCCGACAAAGCCUUUCGUCUGAGCAUGCCAUCAGUCCAGCCUUGGCACCUCAUGUUUUGCACUCUAAAUUUUGA